AAAAAAAACAUCUGGAUGGAGGAGAAAAGAGUUCAGCACUUGAGGUGCAUCUCUGACUUUAUGUUCUGUUUCUCGUAGUGCUGAAUUGAAUCAUUUGAGAUGUUUGAAAUCUUUUUAGUGGAGAAAGUUUCUGCUUCUCAGAUUUGAGGAUUUCCUGUCGGCGUGUGAAGACAGAAACUAUCAUCGUCAUGAAAGUAACCAUCGAUUUGUUCUGAACGCUCGUCGUCGUUAAAAGGUUUGUUGACGACCUUUUGUUCACGAUGAAGACGAAGAUGUUGGUUCAGUUCAAAUAACGCUGCGUGACAUCUUCACAAAGAAGUCUGAGGAAACGGAGGUGUAGUGAUGAGCAGUGGAGGGCAGACAGACGGCAUGACAGAGGAGAAAUGUCCCCAGCUGGUGGACUACUUUGUAGUGGCGGGUCUCGACCCUGCAGGACCCUGGAGGCCCCUGGAUGAGGAUGGCAGGACCUCCGCCAACUCCUCCUCGACACCCUCCUCGUCAUCUUCAUCGGGCCGAGCGGUGGAGUCGGUGACGGACCUGGCGGUGAUUGCCCGGGGGCUCGGGGAGGAAGUGCCGGAGGGCUUCACCUGCAUCGAGAGGACGCUGGGCGGACACUCAGCCGAGCUGAGCGCCGGCCUCAUCAACAACCCGCACCUUUACCUGUGCUACCGCCGAGGGCGAGACAAGCCGCCCAUCCUGGACCUCGGGGUUCUGUAUGAAGGGAAGGAGCAGCUGAAGCAGGGCUGGUACGUCAUCGAGACGACGCCCUACAGCCGCUCGGCCAGCCUGAGCGCCGGUGGCGCUCCGACGGCUCACCGGGUGUUCCUGACGUACCGGCGGGCUCUGGACUCUCAGGGCCUCCACACGCUGGGUGUCACCGACAUCGCCCUGCUGCUGCCCAGCAAAGGAGAGGUCGCCCCGCACACCUUCUGCCGGGUCGACAAGAACCUCAACACCGGCAUGUGGGGUCCAGCUCUGUAUGUGUGCUACAAGAGAGCUGUGGCCAAAGCCAACGCCUUGGUCUACAAAGCCAAUCUGAUCAGCCGGUACCCAGAGGAGGACCUGGAGGCGUUUCCUCUGCCGGAGUCGGUUCCGGUCUUCUGUCUGCCGAUGGGCGUCACCGUGGAGAGCUGGCCGCUGAACACCAAGUACCAGCUGCCCGUCUUCUCCACCUUCGUUCUCACCUCCGCCUCCGGGGACAAGGUUUACGGAGCCGCCAUCCAAUUCUACGAGUCGUUCUCCCGGGAGCUGCUGUCGGAGCGGCAGAGCGUGAGGCUCGGGCUGCUCAGCGUGGUCGACCGGCGGCCGAUCACCAACCGCAGCCUGCAGGUGAAGAAGAGCAUCUGCGUCCUCUCUCACUGGCCCUUCUUCAACGUCUUCCAGAAGUUCCUCACCUUCGUCUACAGAUACUCCAUCUCCGGACCUCACGUCCUGCCGCUCGAAAAACACAUCUCCAGCUUCAUGCACAACGUCCCGUUUCCCUCCCCACAGAGGCCUCGCAUCCUCGUUCAGCUCUCUCCGUACGACAACCUGCUGCUCUGCCAGCCGGUCUCCUCUCCACUCCCACUCAGCGGUGCGAGCUUCCUGAAGCUGCUGCAGAACCUCGGCCCGGAGAACGCCUGCACGCUGCUGCUCGCCGUCCUCACCGAACACAAACUGCUGCUGCACUCGCUCCGGCCCGACGUCCUGACCUCCGUCAGCGAGGCGCUCGUCUCCAUGAGUUUCCCUCUGCGCUGGCUCUGUCCGUACAUCCCUCUGUGUCCGCUGCAGAUGGCCGACGUGCUGCUCGCUCCGAUGCCGUUCAUCGUGGGCGUCCACUCCAGCUACUUCGACCUGUACGACCCCCCCACCGACGUGGUGUGUGUCGACCUGGACACCAACACCAUCUUUCAGUCAGAGGACAAGAAGCCGUUGUCAUGGCGAUCAUUACCCAGGAAGCACGGCAAGACUCUGUUCAACACCCUCACCAACCUGCACAAGACCCUGGAGAAGAUUUGCACUCCUGGUCAGGAGGAGGCGACGUUGGAGUUCCUGCUGACGGACUACGAUCAGAUCUACAGGAGUCAGAAGCAGCUGGAGUUGGAGAUCCAGGAGGCGUUCCUUCGCUUCAUGAGCUGCCUGCUGCGAGGAUACCGGACGUUCCUGCUGCCCAUCACCCAGGCGCCGUCCGACACCACCACCGACUGCAGCUCGCUGUUCAACCUGCAGGGUUUCCUGAAAUCUCGCGAUCGGACGCAGCAGAAGUUUUACAGCCAGCUGACGAGGACUCAGAUGUUCACUCAGUUCAUCGAGGAGUGUUCGUUUGUGAGCGACCGACACGCCUGCCUCGAGUUCUUCGAUGAGUGCGUCCAAAAGGUGGACGUGGAGAAGCCGGAGGAGGUGAGGCUGAUCGAUCUGGAUGAGACUCACAGCGGGGAACACACGGUCUUCAUCAUGCCUCCUGAAGAACCUCAAGAACCGGACGGGUCCGAGUGCCCCGCCCUCUACAGCUAUGAAACCUUCCCCACGCUGAGGCUGGAGCUCUUUGACCGGCCCCAGGAUCAGCUCCGGGUCCCGGCUAAGGGCAGCGCUCCGAGUAGCCCCGCCCCCAGACGCACAAAACAGGAGAUCAAGUUGGCCCAGAAGCGAGCCCAGAAGUACUCGGCGGUGGCGGACAUGUGGUCCAAGUGUCUGCUGGGUCACUGUUACGGCCUCUGGUUCAUCUACCUGCCCACCUUCGUCAAGGCGGAGAGCGCGAAGGUGCGCGCGCUGCACACGGCCUACGACGUCCUCAAACACAUGGAGAACCGCAAGGUGGUGCUGCCGGACGAGGUGUGUUACAGGAUCCUGAUGCAGCUCUGUGGUCAGUACGGUCAGCCAGUCCUCGCUGUUCGAGUCCUGCUGGAGAUGAAGAAGGCUGGGAUCACCCCCAACACCAUCACCUACGGAUACUACAACAAGGCAGUCCUGGAGAGCAAGUGGCCGUCCACCAGUCAGGGCGGACGUCUCCGCUGGGCCAAGCUGAGGAACGUCCUAUUGGCUGUGGCUCAGUUCAGACAGCCAAUCAAACGGCGUCAGAAGAGCGGCUCGGUGGAAUCGCGAGGAGAAGCAAUGAUGGAUGACCAGAGGCUCCGCCCACACUCGACUCUGAUUCGUCAGUCCAGCUGGAGCGGUCUGUCUGAAAGCUCCAGUCACGAGUCUCUGACGGGUUCGCUGGUGAAGAGCAACAGUCUGAGCAGCAUGAAGACGCCGAGCGACAAGGUCCGUCUCUGCAAGAACACCGCCCUCCGUAACGCAGCGACCAACGGCUGCGACGACCCCGUCUCCCGUAAACCUCCCAUAGGACGCAGAGACACCUCCACACCGCCUCCGGCGCCCCCUGGUGGUGUUCUGGUCCAGAGGAGUCAGGUCUGCCUCUCCACCUUCUACAAAGACUGUGCCGAGUCGGCCGACUCUGAGUCAGACUGCAGCUGCCAGCCGGUGGAGAGAGACGGCAGACCUGCAGGAACUCGAGACACGGCCGGCAGAAAUAAAGUCGUGGACGAGAACUACAACAACGUCGCCUCCCCGAGCCGAGGAGGUCUGGCAGGAAAACUCCAGCAGCUCCUCACUCCGACCAGACACCGAGUGUCCGUUCGACGAGCCGCCAGCGUGGACGACCGGCGACCAGGAGGAGGAGCAGGGAUAGGACGAAGGGUGUCUGAACAGAGACAGUCGAGGAAAGCUCAAGUGGCUGAAACGCUGCUGAAAGCCAAAGAGAGGCUGGUCAGCGCUACCUCCGAGAGUUCAUUGUCUGUAGGAAGUGACCUCGACUUGACGGACACGCCCAGUCCAGCCUAUCCUCUGCGCCGGUCCUGGGACGCCAAUCAAGAGGCGACGGGCCUGGAGGUGUUGAUGUCCAGCUGCUCUCUGUGUCGCAGCUGUAACUCGUUAGUUUACGACGAGGAGAUCAUGGCCGGCUGGACGUCAGACGACUCCAACCUGAACUCGUCCUGCCCGUUCUGCUGCGCCUCCUUCGUCCCCUUCCUGAACGCUGAGAUAUGUGACUUCGGACCUGUCAGCAGCACGGAGCGCAGCAACUGGAACAUGGAGGACGAGGUGGAGAGCGCCGUCAGGCCCCCCAGUGGUCAGGAGGCCUCCCUGCGACACCAGUGUAAUGGUUUGAGUGAAGACUCCAGCUCCGAGACCAGCAGCUACUCCGAGAACAGCAGGGCGACCACGGGUUCCUCAGUGGGCGGGGCUCCACAGGUGACCGUGGCCUACCUGAGCCCUUUGGUUCUGAGGAAGGAGCUGGAGAGUCUGCUGGAGAACGAGGGCGAGGCGGUGCUGGCUCAGCCUCAGUUCCUAGACAACCACUCCAUCAUCUUCUGGAACCUGGUCUGGUACUUUCAGCGCCUCGGACUGCCCAACAACCUGCUGCAACUGGUCAGAGCAUCGCCACUGGUCAGCCAGUUCACACAGUCUGAGAACUCGGCGGUGAGGGUGAGGCUCCUCUGGGACACCCUGACCCCUGACGUGGACCAGUGGCCGCCCCUCUACAUCCUGUGGAGGAUCCACAGUGGCGUCCCGAUGAGGAGCUACAGCUGGCGGAGGCACAACCACCCGUUCACUCUGUCCUUCCUGGAGGAGGUGCUGCGGUGGGUCGGCAUGAACGAGGUGCACAAAGCCGUCACCCUGUUCCUCGACACGCUGGCCAAGCAGCCGGGCUCGGCCUGGACUCAGAGGAGUUUGUACAGAGAGUUCCUCUUCCUCACCCUGGCAGCUAUGGGCAAAGAUCACGUCGCUGCGUUUGAUAAAAAGUACAAGGUGGCGUACACUCGGCUCAGCGGCACUCUGGGUCGGGAGGAGCUCAGGAAGAAGCGAGCUCAGCCUCCCAGCCCCAAAGCCGUCGACUGCAGACGCAGCUUCCACCCGCCGCUCGAAUGCUGAUGAACCGGGAACAAAGCGUCCCCGAGGACUUGUUCGGCGGCGUUCAUCCCUCUGAGGGGAUACCCACAAUCCCCUGCUGCCUUCACCUGCUUGUAUUCUUCACCUUUCUGCUGCCUCCUGGUGGAUGUCGGAGCGACGCGCUCCUUCCUGUCCUCUGUAGCUCUGUUUGCCUCGUCGAUGUGAAUCCAGCAGCUCUUUGUCGCCAUUAAAGCUCCGAGCUGAGCCGGACUGAAGAGCUCGUACACGACUUUCAACGCGCCAAGCCAAGAUCUAUGCAUCAGUCUGUAACGAGACGUCCUGCAUCGUCGUCUGAAGGCAAGACACCCGGUCGAGGCACGUCCAGAGGGAUCCGCUGUGUCGGCGUAAACUUCCUGUUUCUCCCAGUUUUU